AUGUCCCACGGGACCUACUAUGAGUGUGAGCCUCGGGGUGGCCAGCAGCCACUUGAGUUCUCAGGGGGUCGAGCUGGGCCUGGGGAACUGGGGGACAUGUGUGAGCAUGAGGCCUCCAUCGACCUCUCUGCCUACAUCGAGUCUGGGGAAGAACAGCUACUUUCUGAUCUCUUUGCCAUGAAGCCGGCGCCCGAAGCCCGAAGCCUUAAGGGCCCAGGAACCCCUUCGUUCCCUCACUACCUGCCGACUGACCCUCGGCCGUUUGCUUAUCCCUCACAUACAUUUGGCCCAGAUAGGAAGGCUUUGGGGCCUGGCAUUUACGGUAACCCGGGGAGCUACGACCCCAGGGCUGUGGCCGUGAAGGAGGAGCCUCGUGGGCCAGAGGGCAGCCGAGGCACCAGCCGAGGUGGCUACAAUCCCCUGCAGUACCAAGUGGCACAUUGUGGGCAGACAGCGGUGCACCUCCCCCCGAGCCUGGCAGCACCUGGCCAGCCCCUACGCGUCCUCAAGGCCCCUGUGGCGGCUGCUGCCCCUCCCUGCAGCCCUCUUCUCAAGGCGCCCUCCCCAGCUGGGCCCUCACACAAGGGCAAGAAGGCAGUGAACAAAGACAGCCUCGAGUACCGAUUGCGACGGGAACGCAACAACAUAGCAGUGCGCAAGAGCCGGGACAAGGCCAAGAGGCGCAUUAUGGAGACGCAGCAGAAGGUGCUGGAGUACAUGGCUGAAAAUGAGCGUCUGCGAAGCCGUGUGGAGCAGCUCACCCAGGAGCUAGACACCCUUCGGAACCUCUUCCGCCAGAUCCCUGAGGCCGCCAGCCUUAUCAAGGGCGUGGGGGGCUGCAGCUGA